ACAAGACUUUGGUUAAUGAUGCUUCAAAAUUAUCAAAUUUUCUUCAGUUACACUGUGAUUUUCAAGGAAUUCAGGAAAUUGGUCUCUACUGCCGUCCUGGGAUAAAUUUACCCUCUUGGAUUUUAGGAAAUUCAGAUCUUCCCACGACACGUUAUUAAACUAUGAUACAUUUACAGUAGAACAUAAUGACCUACUACUCUUCAGACUUCACUGGAAGAAUGUUGAGGUGAAAUUGAUGCUAAGUGAUGGAAAAGAGAAACCUGAAAAAGAAAAAUUGAAAAACAGCAGGGGUUCUGGAAACAGCAAUGAAGGAAACUCAGAAGAAUACAUAGAUCUGAGGCUAAAGCAUUGCUUAGCUUAUGUUCUGCAUACAUCAGGGACUACAGGGAUACCUAAGAUUGUCAGAGUGCCUCAUGCAUGUAUAGUACCAAAUAUCCAGCAUUUCCGGAUGCUUUUUGAGAUCACACAAGAGGAUGUUUUGUUUCUGGCUUCACCGCUGACGUUUGAUCCUUCUGUUGUGGAAAUAUUUGUUGCUCUAUCCAGUGGUGCCUCUCUGCUUGUUGUACCAACUUCUGUCAAAGUGCUCCCAUCAAAAUUAGCUGCUGUUCUCUUUUCCCAUCACAGGGUGACUGUUUUGCAGGCAACACCCACAUUGCUUAAAAGAUUUGGUUCUCAGCUUAUCAAGUCAACUGUUUUAUCAGCCAGUACUUCUCUUCGAGUGUUAGCCCUUGGUGGCGAAGCAUUUCCAUCACUGACUGUUCUCAAAAACUGGAGAGGAGAAGGCAAUAAAACACAAAUAUUUAAUAUCUACGGUAUCACAGAGGUAUCAAGUUGGGCGACCGUUUACAGGAUUCCAGAGGAGAUUCUUAACUCUACUGUGAAAUGUGAAUUGCCUGUACAACUGGGAUUUCCACUGCUUGGAACAGUAGUUGAAGUCAGAGACACUAAUGGUUUCACAAUUCAAGAAGGCAAUGGCCAAGUAUUUUUAGGUGGCAGAAACCGAGUAUGUUUUCUUGAUGAUGAAAUGACGGUACCACUUGGCACAAUGCGAGCCACAGGAGACUUUGUGACUGUGAAAGAUGGAGAGAUGUUUUUCUUGGGAAGAAAGGACAGUCAGAUCAAACGUCAUGGCAAGCGUCUUAAUGUUGAGCUUGUGCAACAGGUUGCUGAAGAACUUCAGCAAGUGGAGUCUUGUGCAGUUACAUGGUAUAAUCAGGAAAAAUUAAUCCUGUUCAUAGUGUCCAGAGAAGAUUUAGUAAAGGAUUACAUCUUUAAAGAACUUCAGGAACAUCUUCCAAGUUAUGCAAUCCCAGAUGAGCUUGUAUUGAUUGAUGCUCUACCAUUUACAUCUCAUGAGUUAAACAAGAUUUAUUUGAACUACAUGAACUUGAAGUCUGAUUGUAAGCUAAAUGGAAAAGAAGAACUUUGGGGAAAAUUACAGCAUUUGUGGAAGUCUGUUCUGAGUCUUUCAGAAGAUCCUUCGAUGAUUCCUAAAGAGUCAUUGUUCUUACCUAGUGGUGGAGAUUCCUUAAAGUCCAUACGACUCCUCAGUGAGAUUGAAAAUCUUGUUGGCGUAUCAGUACCUGGGCUUCUGGAAAUUAUUCUCAGCAGUUCCAUCUUAGAGAUUUACAGUCACAUCCUUCAAACAGUGUUUGCAGAUGAAGACCUACCACUCAGCAAGAGUUAUGCCACAAAAAGAAAAUUCAGUGACAUUAAUCAAGAGGAAGCCGAUGGAAAAUCUUCUCAUCAGAAAUGUGGAAUGCCUUUAAAUUGUGACAACGCGAUAAAUGCUUUUAUUGCGCUGAACAGAGGGAGUCAGAUUUUGUCUCUUAAUACUACCAGGUUUUUAACUAAGUCAGGACAUUGCCCUUCAGCCUGUUCUUCUGAUUUAACUUCACAGAUUAAUAUUCAAAAUGUGAAAAGCAUAAAUCCCCCACCGAUCAUUGAGAAGUCAGAGAAGCCAUCCUUUGUUGCAAAAGUUUCUGAAGAGGAGAAACCUGUAAUAGGGGCUGAGAAACUGGAGUUACGUGUGAGGUGGAGGUCAGACACAGGCAAAUGUGUUGAUGCUUCACCUCUGGUUGUAGUACCAGCUAUUGAUAAGUCAUCUGCAACUGUGUACAUUGGCUCCCAUUCUCAUAGAAUGAAGGCAGUUGACCUUUAUUCUGGGAAGGUGAAAUGGGAACAGAUUUUGGGAGAUAGAAUUGAAUCCUCAGCAUGUGUAUCUAAUUGUGGAAACUUUAUUGUAGUAGGCUGUUAUAAUGGGUUAAUUUACGUUCUGAGAAGUAAUAGUGGAGAAAAACACUGGGUAUUUACCACCCAGGAUGCCGUCAAAAGCUCUGCAACCAUGGACCCAACCACAGGACUCCUUUACAUCGGUUCUCAUGACCAGCAUGCAUAUGCUUUGGAUAUUUAUGAAAAGACAUGUGUUUGGAAGUUAAAAUGUGGAGGAACUGUUUUUUCUUCUCCAUGUUUGAGCCUGAUUCCACAUCACAUAUAUUUUGCUACACUAGGAGGACUUCUACUGGCUAUAAAUCCCGCCACUGGGGAUAGAGUUUGGAAACAUUUCUGUGGAAAACCACUCUUCUCUUCUCCACAUUGUUGCCUACAGUAUAUUUGUAUUGGCUGCGUAGAUGGGAAUUUACUCUGCUUUACUCAUUUUGGAGAACAGGUUUGGCAGUUCUCUACCAAUGGACCAAUCUUUUCAUCCCCAUGUACCUCAGCAUCAGAGCAAGAGAUAUUUUUUGGUUCCCAUGAUUGCUUUAUCUACUGUUGUAACAUGAAAGGACACCUCCAAUGGAAAUUUGAAGCUACUUCAAGGGUAUAUGCAACACCAUUUGCUUUCCAGAACCACAAUUACAGUGAUGAAACACUGUUGGCAGCAGCGUCUACUGAUGGGAAACUCUGGAUCUUGGAAUCAAAGAGUGGACAGUUGCAAAGCGUGUAUGAACUUCCUGGAGAAGUCUUCUCUUCUCCUGUGGUCUGGGAAUCAAUACUUAUUAUUGGGUGUAGAAAUAAUUAUGUUUAUUGUCUGGAUUUAUUGGGUGGCAAUAAAAAAUAAUCAGGUGCAGUCCUUACUAGCAUAUAUCUGAAAUGUUUGAAAAUAUUUUACAAUUUUAGAGUUAUGUGGAUAGUCUUAUUUUAUAUUAAAAAUUUUAUUUUUGUUAAGAAAUGUUUAUUUUAUUGGAGAAACUCUUAUUUUACUUCUUCUAGGAGCCACAAAAGCUGUUAAGAGGAGCUAUUUAGAGAACUAAAUACCUCAAUAUAUUUAGUAGCACUUUUUUAAAAUUACGCUACAGAUAUUCUAAUUUUCUAACUGAAAGAGGUGAAAUAGACAGUUAUCAAGUGUUCUUUUAAAAGACCCUUGUGGGAAAAAAAGAUCAGAGUAUACUUAAUGAGUUAAAAGCUUAGUCUGUAAUGUGACAUACCAUUUACUCAUUUACAGUGAGAUUCAUGACAAAAAGUUUUCAAAGUUAGGAUCUGUUCAUUGAAUUAGGUUCCUCAUUUAGUAUUUUUAAGUGAACAAGAUACCAGCAUAGAAUAAAAUAUUUAUACUGUAUAGUUGCAAGUUGAUGUACCUUCUUUUCUCAAUUUUUAAUAUCUGACCCUUGAUGGCAAGUGUAACAAUAUUUCUCAAUUUAUUAGAGUUUGGUGCUGUAACAUCUUCUUUGGUCCAGUGGCUUGGGAGUAAGGAACACAACAAAAACCAGGAAAGAAAAAACAAAACAAAACUCUAUACUUUUAAGUAUAAUGAUUUCUCUGAAUGUUUAAUUGCUGCUUCAUUCAUCAUAUAGCACUUUGUUCCUGCUUGCAUUGGCCUGGUAUUAAGUCUCCCUCAUCAGAUUAUAUACUCUUUGAU